CGGCUACGUUGUAUCUGUUAUCCUUCAGAAAGUUUUGUGUACUGUACGUCAUGCCACCAACUCCUAGUGGAAAAGCCGUAAAGAAAGCCGGUAAGGCUCAGAAAAAUGUUCGCGCUGGUGAUAAGAAGAAAAAGAAGAAGAGGAGGAAGGAAAGUUUCAGCGUUUACAUUUACAAAGUUUUGAAGCAAGUUCAUCCAGACACAGGUGUUUCUAGUAAAGCUAUGUCAAUUAUGAACAGCUUCGUCAAUGACAUUUUCGAGAGAAUUGCAGCCGAAGCUUCCCGUCUUGCUCAUUAUAAUAAACGUUCAACCAUCACUAGUCGGGAAAUCCAAACUGCCGUUCGUCUUUUGUUGCCCGGAGAAUUGGCCAAGCACGCCGUUUCGGAGGGUACUAAAGCUGUAACUAAGUACACCAGUUCAAAGUAAACUUCAGAUUAUUAAACGGCCCUUUUCAGGGCCAAAACUUUUUGGUAAAGGGUAGCCUAUCAUAUCAAUUUUUAUAAAAUGUACGACAUAUUCUGCUUUUUCUUUUGAAUUAAAACAAAGUACACAAAGUUUGCAAAAAGGUGUUUGCAUUAUAAACUUUUUCUCCCCCUUACUUUUUUAAGCAAAACUGGUUUCUUAAAUUUUUAUUGUAUUAUUCGUUUAUAAAUAAAAUAUACCAGCAAGGUAAUAUAAAUGUAAAUAAGAAAAAAAUUAAUGUGCUCGAAAUGUAUUUCUCACACUUGAGAAAGAACCCGCGUUGACCUUGACUGAUGAACUCGGAACAAUGAACUUUUUACUUAAUCGUUCCGGUCAUUUUUUUUUUUAAACAUUAUAGGACAAAGACUAAAAAGAAAACUAAAUUACGUAAAGUCUUUAGUAUUGAAUUGUUAUCGGAGAAAUGUUCAAAUGAGUUUUGUGUUACGCGUUUUU